AUGUUCUCGAUCUCCCCACCACAGCCGAGCAGUUUCUUCGCUACGAAUCGUCCUCGAUUCUUCCACAGCCCUGCCCAUAUCCACGCGCCUCAGACACCGUCGCCGCUGCGGACAUCCCGGAAUGCGAACCUGAACUUUAUGCCGAAUGCCAGUAUCGGGUCCGAUGCGUCUUCCUUGCUGAGCUCUUCGCCUAUCAGGACAUUCACGCUCGAUCGAGCGACCGGAUACAACGACGAGAACGAGCCGGAAAGUCACGAUGAGAGCGCUGUAUUUGGCAUUCACUUACAGAAGACGAAGACCCCGGAGGGGAAGAUGAACAACGGAGAGGGAAGGGACGCCGAUGCGGCUUUGAUCACGCCGCCUAAUUCAGGCUCAGGCUCUACUUCGAACUCGAAUUUGAUGUCUACUCAACCAUUUAUGAAUGGCGGAUCUGCAUAUUCCUCCUCAACCGCCAUUUCUUCUCGGCAGACAUCGUCUGGGUGGGAACACCGUUCCCGGAACGCCAGUCCUGCAGCCACAUUGGCCCGCCAUGCCGCUCAAGGCAGGGAAAAGAAAAAGACACAGUUUCUCGACCGCAUCAGACGCCGACGAGACGACUCACGCAGCGAGUUAUACGGCGAUCAAGUUCUCCGGAUGGAUUUCGUCAGGGAACGGAAAUUGUGGGAAGACGAAAUGAAUCGACGGGCCAUGUUGGAGCAGGCUAGUGUUCUGUCUGGUGAAGAGGACGAUAUUGAGCCUGGUGCCGACGCUGAUAUGCAUGAAGGAGGAGAACCGGUGCUGGAGGCUGAUCAGACAGAGCAUCAUCAAGCGGAAGCGGAGAUGUCACCAACUGAGGAUCAUGAUGUGCAUGAUGCGCUUGCCGAGUAUUAUGCUCAUGCCAUGCAAGACCAAGAAUCGGUGCCUUCGGCGGCUUGUGGUAACGACGACUACUUGAUUGAUGAUGAUGAGAAAGAAUAUGAUCAGUUGUUCAGAGAGAUGAUCGCGAAGGGCUGGAAUGAGACAUCGACCCAAAAGAUGCCACCACCUGAGAGACAGCUGAUCGACCAUGGCCAACGCCCACAAGAAACUCGGGAACGGAACGAGUCAAGCAUGGAUUUGUCUUGA